GUUAUGGAUAUAAAAAUAUUGGCUGCAGAGAUGGACCUUACUUGCAUAAGGGCUUAUAGACUUGAUGCUCUAAAAUCUGUCUCCCAAACUGUUGUUGGAGCUGAUGUCGUAGCAACAAAUCUGGAUCGUGAGAUUUAUGACAUAACAAUUAUGAAGUCAUCAUCAAGAUUAGACAAUGGUGACAUGCAUCGUGUGAACAUGGACAGAGAUAAAAUUGAUGCAGAAAUCAUGAGCAUGGGAAAUCGUGGAAAUGGAAGAUACGUCAGCAAAAAGGAAUUGAGAAAGCCUACGCAAAUGAUGAAAAAUGGACCGGGAAGAAAUCAUUCUAUAGGUGGGAGGGCUGAGAAUUCAAAAGGUUUUCUCCCUAACAGUUUUGAUCGUGUACUGCUUGAUGCUCCAUGUUCUGCCCUUGGUUUAAGGCCUCGUUUAUUUGCUUCUGAGGAGACAAUGGAAUCCUUGCAAACUCAUGCUAAGUAUCAAAGAAAAAUGUUUGAUCAGGCUGUUCAAUUAGUUCGUACUGGAGGAGUCAUUGUAUAUUCCACUUGUACAAUAAACCCGGGAGAGAAUGAGGCAUUAGUUCGAUAUGCUUUAGAUACAUACAAGUUUCUCUCCCUAGCACCACAGAAUCCAAAAGUUGGCGGACCGGGGCUUGUAGGCAAGUGUGAACUUUUCGGUGGAAAACAUGCGGAGACAUGGCUUACACAGAGUGAAGCAGAGCUAGUUCAGAGAUUUGAUCCAUCCGCAACUUUGGAUACUAUUGGCUUCUUCAUUGCAAAAUUUAAUGUUGGCCAAAAAUAAAGAUUUUUGCUUAUUGAUUUUUGAGAAUGCUGAACCUUUUGGGUAUGAUUUGUCCUUUGAAAUGUUUAGAUUAUUAUGCACUUGUAUUAUUUUCAUGAUACUGGAAAAGAAAAAUAUUUAGGAGCUAUUUUGUUGUAAGUA